AAUUCUCGGACUUCUGUUCCUGUACGGCAUCUCUCCUGGGCGGUUUCUGUUACUUCGAAACUCUCCCCCUUCUCGCUCUCGCUCACCUCCCCUCCCCUCUCCUCUCCCCUCUCCCUCUCCCCUCCAACUCCACUCCCUCUCGCCCUCUCUCUCGUCUCAUCGUAACAAACUGCAAUCACAUCGCUCUUCCCGCCUCUUGAACAAUUUCAACCAUCCAUCUCCAAUCGAAUUUCACUAUCGAUCUUCGAAUUCUGAAGUUUGUUUUUGAGGAAUUAGGGUUUGGUUGUGGAAGAAGCGAUGGAUAUUGAUAGAGUAGCAGGAGAAGAAGUUUGUUGUUUGGACGCUGAACUGCUACAGCUACCAGAAGUUUCUUCUUUUGUGCUUAAAGAAAAUCCUCAACUUGCCGAGGACUUGUUCUCUCAGUGGAUUUCGCUUUCUGACACCUCCCGACUGGUGAAAACUUUGAUUGAUGAUGCAAAAGCUGGCAAUCCCAUCAACAUCCCUGGUAGCUCUACUAAUGCGAGUGCUAGUGGGGUCAAUUCAUUGCCUUCUAUGUUUCCUGCUGGUAGUGCACCUCCAAUUUCACCAAGAAGUUCAUCUGGUUCUCCAUGCACGUCUAAGCAGAAAACUAGUCCUUCUUCUCUAGGUUCCCCGUUAAAAUUAGUCAGGGAACCUGUACGGGAAGUUAUACCUCAGUUUUAUUUUCAAAAUGGUCGUCCAGCAGCAAGUGAACUCAAAGAAAAUUGUCUUUCUAGAAUUAAUCAUCUUUUCAGAAAUGAUCUGGAUGGGCUACUCAUUGAUGAAUUUAAAUCUGUUACAAAGAUAGUUUGCAAGUUACCAUCCUUCUUCUCCUAUGCGCUUUUCAGAAAGAUUGAUGUUGACUGCACUGGGAUAGUGACCAGGGAUGCGUUUGUCAAAUACUGGGUGGAUAGCAACAUGCUAACAUUGGACGUAGCAACUCAAAUAUUCAAUAUUCUAAAACAGCCAGACUGCAAAUACCUAACUCAGUCUGAUUUCAAACCUAUUCUUCGAGAACUUUUGGCAACUCAUUCAGGGUUGGAAUUCUUACAGAAUACUCCUGAAUUUCAAGAAAGAUAUGCUGAAACUGUCAUAUACAGAAUAUUUUACUACAUCAAUAGAUCAGGAAAUGGCUGUCUUACACUCCGGGAGCUGAAACGUGGAAAUCUUAUUGAUGCAAUGCACCAUGCAGAUGAAGAAGACGACAUUAACAAAGUUAUAAGGUACUUCUCUUAUGAACAUUUCUAUGUAAUAUACUGCAAGUUUUGGGAGCUGGAUACAGACCAUGAUUUCUUGAUUGACAAGGAGAAUCUCGUCAGAUAUGGUAAUCAUGCCCUUACCUACAGGAUUGUUGAUAGAAUUUUUUCACAGGUGCCAAGGAAGUUUACUAGCAAUGUUGAAGGGAAGAUGUGUUAUGAAGAUUUUGUUUACUUCAUGCUCUCAGAGGAGGACAAAUCAUCUGAGCCCAGCCUUGAAUACUGGUUCAAGUGCUUAGAUUUAGAUGGAAAUGGUGUGUUGACACCCAUUGAAUUGCAAUACUUCUAUGAGGAGCAGCUGCACCGAAUAGAAUGCAUGGCCCAGGAACCUGUGCUAUUUGAGGAUAUCUUGUGUCAAAUAGUUGACAUGAUUGCACCAGAGAGGGAAGAUUAUAUCACACUGCGCGACUUGAAAGGAUGCAAACUUUCAGGAAAUGUUUUCAAUAUCCUUUUCAACCUCAAUAAGUUUGUAGCUUUUGAAAGCCGUGACCCCUUUGUCAUUCGCCAGGAGCGUGAGGAGCCAACUUUAACAGAGUGGGAUCGCUUUGCACAUAGAGAAUAUAUCAGGCUUUCAAUGGAAGAAGAUGUUGAAGAUGUCUCAAAUGGAAGUGCAGAGGUUUGGGAUGAAUCAUUUGAGGCUCCUUUUUAGGUUACUGAGUCCUUUGCGUGUUUGCAGUUACCCACAAUAUCUCUUGUUGCUUCUUUGGGUACGGAAUGAAAAUUUGUUACUUGGACACAAUACUCCUCAGCGGAACUCAUCAAAAUCUGUUCUGUUGUUCUGACAUGCUCCAACCGGCAACAUAGCUGCCUUUGUGCAAUAACAUCAAUAUGCACUCCAGAGUUCUGCAGUGAUUUCCAGGAAUGCCAGAUGCUUUAUUGGGUGGGAGAGAUGACUGUCAUGCGGUGAUUAUUCAUCACCCAGGUAACAAAAGUUCAUAUGAUUGCUGUUUGGUGGCUAUUUUGCUUCCAGGGAAGCAGCUCCAUUUCUGGAUGAUUUUUCUCGAGCUUCUGUUAUUUAUAGAAAGGCAGCUGCUACGCUUGUCCUUUAAGCUUGUAACGGUAUAUUUUGUUGGUCACACGCUCUUGUCGGUCCAUUCUCUUUUCUUUUUGGCACUCGUAAUAUGUUCUUUAAUUGGAUUCGUGAAGAGGGACAAAAAAAUUCCGUUGAGAGAGUGGGUUGUCAACCGUGUUUUAGCAGUUUUUGGGUGGGAGGGAGGCGUGCAAAUAUAGAAGCCCACCUCCAUACGUAGUAGCUCUGAAACAAAGAGCAUACUUGUUCAUUACUGUUCUCUGGCAGCAAAAAAAUUGUUCACAAUGGCAAGUAGUUUCUGUAUUGCUAACUGACUAUGCAGUGAUGUUCAUAAUCUGGCAA